CGUGCACCGCGGACAAAAUCGCGUGUUUGUUGGCACUCUCGUCGUCGACCGCUCGCUCGCGAAUCCGUGUUUGCUUUUUUCGUCUCGUUGGACUCGCCACCAGGUGCGGAUCGUUGAAAAAAAGUCGUGAUAUUCACGCAAACCAAUCCAGUCGUCGGAAAUUCCAUCCACGGUGGCAAAAACAUUCAGUGCACACGUAACACUAGAUAUCAGCAACCCAGCAGCAAUCACCAUGUCCGAUCCGGUGGAAAAUGGUGCCGCGACUGAGGCCCCGGUCAAGACCGAGAAGCAGCUCAAAAAGGAAGCGGAAAAGGCUGCCAAACUGGCCAAGCUGCAGGAGAAAAUGAACAAGAAACAGCAGCAGGCGGAACAGGCCGCCGUCAAGCCCAAGGCCGAGAAAAAAGCCAAGGAGUCAGCGACGAAAGAGGCGAUUGUGUACAAAGGUAACACCCAGGAGGGUGAGAAGAAAGAUCUAUCCGGGCCGUUCCCGGAUGCCUACAGUCCGCAGUACGUGGAAGCUGCCUGGUACAGCUGGUGGGAAAAGGAAGGAUUCUUUAAGCCGGAGUAUGCGCGCAAGGAGAACAACCCCAAGUUUGUGAUGGUGAUCCCGCCGCCGAACGUCACCGGUUCAUUGCAUUUGGGUCACGCCCUGACCAACGCCAUCGAGGAUUGCAUUACGCGUUGGAACCGCAUGAAGGGCCGCACCACGUUGUGGGUUCCGGGAUGCGAUCACGCCGGCAUUGCCACCCAGGUCGUGGUGGAGAAGAAGCUGUGGCGCGAACAAAAGCAAACCCGACACGACUUGGGCCGCGAGAAGUUCAUCGAGAAGAUUUGGCAGUGGCGCAACGACAAGGGUGACCGGAUCUACCAUCAGCUGAAAAGGUUGGGAUCGUCGUACGAUUGGUCCCGGGCGUGCUUCACGAUGGACCCCAAGCUGUGCAAGGCCGUGACGGAGGCCUUCGUGCGGCUGCAUGAGCGCGGACUGAUCUACAGGAGCAACCGCUUGGGCAACUGGUCCUGUGCGUUGCGAUCGGCCAUUUCGGACAUUGAAGUGGACAAGGUUGAAAUCCCCGGUAGGACUCUGCUGGCCAUUCCGGGCUACACCGAGAAGGUCGAAUUCGGUGUGCUGGUGUCGUUUGCCUAUAAAGUGGAGGGCAGUGAUGAGGAGAUUGUCGUGGCCACCACCCGCGUGGAGACCAUGUUGGGAGAUACGGCCGUGGCCGUACACCCGAAAGACGAGCGCUACAAACAUCUGCAUGGAAAAUUUGUUGUACAUCCGUUCUGCGAUCGGAAACUACCGAUUGUUUGUGAUGAUUUCGUAGAAAUGGGCUUCGGAACGGGUGCCGUCAAGAUUACUCCGGCUCACGAUCCGAACGAUUACGAAGUUGGCAAACGUCACAAUCUGCCGUUCAUCACCAUUUUCACGGAUGACGGAUUCAUCACCGGAGAGUAUGGAGAAUUCACCGGAAUGAAACGUUUCGACGCCAGGAAGGCCGUUCUGGCUGCUCUCCAGGCCAAGGGGCUCUACAAGGAAACCGUGGAUAAUCCGAUGGUCGUCCCGAUCUGUUCCCGCUCCAAGGACGUUGUAGAACCACUGAUUAAGCCCCAGUGGUACGUCAAGUGCGAUGAGAUGGCCAAGAACGCCACGGAAGCCGUUCGUUCCGGAGAGCUGAAGAUCACUCCGGAAGUGCACAAGAAGAUUUGGUAUCACUGGAUGGACGAAAUCCGCGAUUGGUGUGUUUCGCGUCAGCUUUGGUGGGGCCACCGGAUCCCUGCCUAUCGAGCUUCCUUCAAGGAUCCCAGUCAAAAGCCGGCGGAUCUGGAUGCAGAAUCGCUAUGGUUUGUUGGUCGCACCGAGGAUGAAGCGUUAGAAAAGGCAGCAAAAGAGUUGAAUGUUCCUAAGGAGGCUCUUGCUCUUAAACAGGACGAAGAUGUCCUGGAUACUUGGUUCAGCUCUGGCCUCUUCCCGUUCUCGGUGUUUGGUUGGCCAGAUAACACUGAUGAUCUGAAGUUGUACUACCCAACUUCCCUGCUGGAAACCGGUCACGACAUUUUGUUCUUCUGGGUGGCCCGGAUGGUGUUCUUUGGUCAAACCCUACUCGGAAAGCUUCCCUUCCGGGAGGUGUUCCUCCACCCGAUGGUGCGUGAUGCCCACGGGCGCAAAAUGUCCAAAUCGCUGGGUAACGUCAUCGAUCCGAUGGAUGUGAUUACGGGAAUUUCUCUGGAAGGUCUCCAUCUGCAGCUGCUGGAUUCCAAUCUGGAUCCGAAGGAAAUCGAGAAGGCCAAGGCCGGUCAGAAGCAGGACUAUCCCAAUGGUAUUCCGGAAUGUGGAACCGAUGCCAUGCGGUUUGCACUGUGCGCUUAUAAUACUCAGGGACGGGACAUCAAUUUGGACAUUAUGCGCGUGCAGGGCUAUCGGUUCUUCUGUAACAAGCUGUGGAACGCCACCAAGUUCGCGCUGAUGUACUUCACCGGGGAGGAGCGUUAUGAUGUGCUGCAAGAAUUGACUGGUUCCGAGAGCAACAUUGACCGCUGGAUCCUGUCCCGCUUGGCCAACUGUAUCGACGUUUCCAACAAAGGGUUCGAAAAGUACGAAUUCGCCCAAACGACAAGCGCAUGUUACGACUUCUGGUUGUACGAUCUGUGUGACGUCUACCUGGAAUGUCUAAAACCAGUUUUCCAGUCCGGUUCGGAAGAAGCCAAGGCUUCCGCCCGGAAGACGCUCUACACCUGUUUGAACCUGGGUCUGAAGCUGCUGUCGCCGUUUAUGCCGUUCAUCACCGAAGAGUUGUAUCAGCGACUUCCGCGUGCUGAUGUGGACCAAGUGGCCAGUAUUUGCGUGGCUCCCUAUCCGGAAGUGGAGAGCUCAAAUUGGCACAACGAACAGUUGGAAAAAGACUUUGAAUUUGUGCAGCGUGUGGCCAAGGUUAUUCGAUCGGCCCGAAGUGACUACAACCUGCCGAACAAGACCAAGACUGAGGCUUUUGUGCUGUGCAGCGAUGACACCACUAAGGAAACCCUGGAACGUUUUGCCGGGGAUUUGACGACCAUGUCCUACUCGCAGAUUAGCUUCAUCAGCGAUGCUCCGCCAGCGGGUUGUGCUAUUUUGACCGUGUCCGGUGCUUGCAUUGUCCAUCUGCUGCUGAAGGGUCUCAUCGAGGCUGACAAGGAAGUGGAAAAACUCAACAAGAAGAAAGACAACCUGAGUUCAACCGUUGGCAAACUGGAGCAGGCAAUGGGAGCGGCCGACUACGAAACCAAGGUCCCUGAGGAGGUCCGGAAGAACAACAAGGAAAAGCUCGACCAGUCCAAGAUCGAAAUCGAACGUAUCAUUGCAGCAAUAGAGACCCUGAAGAUGAUGUAAGGCCAGGUCGUCCAGGAAGAACCGAAACAUUUCACUUGAAAAGCAUUUUUGUGUAUUAGGCUGCCGAGUGCUAAAAUAACAAUUACGAUGCAAGUUCACUUUAAGCAGGAGAGUAGUAAUUUAUUAUUGACGCUAAAUGUUACAAUAGAAAAGCGCUGCGAUUUUACACAUACACGGAUUAAACAAUAAUAUCAACACAGUUGGAAUAAAUUAUUAGGCAAAAGCAAGCA